AUGCCAGACACUCGCACAAAAAUUUUGGGGAUUGUAAAGGAUGUUUGGUCUUAUAAGUCCAUCUUCAUGCCAAUUCUGGCAACCCUCUUGCCGCUGUCCAUGGCCAUCAACUCCGAAUCUGAGGCGACACGAUGUGGCUACACUAUGAUCGUAAUGGCGGCCCUCUGGCUCACGGAGGCCCUACCUAUUCCAGUCACUGCUCUUCUGCCCAUUAUAAUGCUACCUAUGUUGGGUGUGUCCACUGCAAAGGAAGUCAGCAGCAGUUACGUCACGGACACGUCAAUGCUAUUUUUGGGAGGCCUUAUUGUGGCUGUGGCAGUUGAGGAAUGGAAUCUUCACAAGAGAAUAUCUUUGACUAUACUCAGGAUUGUUGGAUCACAACCUAAUCUUUUGAUGCUUGGUCUCAUGUUGCCUACGUGGUUUCUGUCGAUGUGGAUCAGCAAUACUGCAGGGGCCGCCAUGAUGUUACCUAUAGUAUCAGCUGUGACGGCACAGGUUAACUCAGCCAACAUCGAAGAUGAUGCUGCAAGUCACCCUGAAGACAUAUCCCCCCUAAGAACGGAAAGUGAAAACCAGAAAGGGGAGAAUAUAGCUUUAACGUCGGUAAAUCAGGAAGCAGCUGGAAAGGCUAGUAAGGAAUACAAGCAGGCUAGAGGAAGUUCAGGAAGUGAUGAGAGGAUUGUAAAAGACAACCGUGUCCCACCGAAGAAAAAGAAAGUGACUUCAACUGAUCAACAACACAACAGACUCAGUAAAGCUCUGGCAUUAUCUAUUGCCUACGCUGCCAACACCGGCGGCAUUGCCACACUCACCGGAAGUCCUCCUAACUUGAUCUUCAAAGCUGUGGUGGACGACUUCGCAGAGUGUGUGGUUGCCGUAGUAUUUCUCUGUUUAGCAGUAUUGUGGAUCUUCCGAGAGCCACCCAAUAUAUCAGGCUGGGGAAGACUAUUCAAAGACAGAUAUAUCACUGAUUCUACACCUGCUAUCGUUAUUGCAGUAUCUCUGUUCUUUCUUCCUGCUAAAGUGCCAUCCAUUUUCUGCCCAAAUAAACCCGGUAUUUUCAGUGAAAACCGCUAUACUCCUAUUCUGACCUGGGAGAAGACAGUCCAGAAAGUGCCAUGGGGAGUUAUCGUUCUUCUUGGCGGAGGAUUCGCUUUAGCCAAAGCCAGUAUACGUUCAGGUCUGUCUAAAUGGUUUGGGGACAGUUUGGAGUUCCUAUCAGAUUACAGUCCAUUUGUACUCUGCCUUAUUAUUAGUCUUCUAGUGGCCUUAGUAACAGAAGUCACCAGCAACACAGCAACUGCAACACUGCUAAUGCCAAUAUUACAAGAACUGUCCAUCACUGCCGGUCUAAAUCCUAUAUAUCUGAUGAUGGCGGCAGCUGUAGCCUGUUCUUUCGCCUUCAUGUUACCCGUGGCGACACCUCCAAGUGCCAUCGUGUUUUCACACGGAUUCCUUACUAUUCCUGAUAUGGCCUCUGCAGGAUUGAUGAUGAACGUUAUUUCAGUGUUUGUUCUUACAGUUGGAAUCAAUAGUUGGGGAAAACUUUUGUUUGAUUUUGACAAUAUACCAGUGAUAUUUCAGGAAAUACAAAAUACCACAGAGACCCCAAUGUCUGACAUGUACAAUUCCUCAUCUGUGUGAUCUACAAUCUCCUGCAUACCUCAAUUUUAAAUUUGAUCGUCAGUAUUAAAAAAGGACAAAAACUUCAAUGAUUAAACGAAAAGAAGAAUAAUUCUCGAAAAACAACAAAAGAAAAUAACAAGAGCAACCCCUUGGAAAUCCACUAUUAAGAAUGAAUCAGUUUAAGCGAAUAUUUUUGUAUGAUGGAGUUGACUAUCAGUUUCCUUUCAUGCCAUGCUACCUCUUAGUCUACUGUUCAUAGA